UAAAGCCGCCACCAAAAAAAAAUUGUUAUAUGCUGGCACAGUAAAUUUGGGUUUUGUAUUAGUCUAAUUUUUGAACAAACUGCUCAAAAAUGAAGCUGCUGCGCCACACGCUGCUAUGUGCGCUAGUUCUUCUGGCAGGCUGCCUGAUUUUCGCAGCAGCACAAUCAAAACAAAAGGGGGCGCUGACUUUGUCGGAAAAGGUACAGAAUCUGAUGGAGAUGAACCUGAAGAAGCCGUUGCUACGUUUCAACGGCAACAAAUUCCGUGAAUAUGUAAAGAACCCGCCGCGCAACUACUCCAUGAUUGUAAUGUUGACAGCAAUGGCGCCCUCACGUCAGUGCCAGAUCUGUCGACAUGCGCACGACGAGUUUCAAAUUGUGGCCAACUCGUACCGUUUCUCGCCCAGCUUUUCCAACAAAUUGUUCUUUGCCAUGGUGGACUUCGACGAAGGCUCCGAUGUCUUUCAAAUGCUGCGUCUGAACACAGCGCCCGUAUUCAUGCACUUCCCAGCUAAGGGUAAGCCCAAGGGAGCUGAUACUAUGGAUAUACAUCGUGUGGGCUUUGCUGCCGAUGCUAUUGCUAAAUUUGUUGCCGAACGCACGGACGCGAAUAUACGCGUCUUUAGACCACCCAACUAUUCCGGCACUGUGGCCAUGGUCACGCUGUUUGCGCUGGUGGGAAGCUUUUUGUACAUACGCCGCAACAAUUUGGAGUUCUUGUACAACAAAAACCUUUGGGGAGCCAUUGCGCUGUUCUUCUGCUUUGCCAUGAUCUCUGGACAGAUGUGGAAUCACAUACGCGGUCCACCGCUGGUGCACAAAUCACAAAACGGCGGCGUAGCCUAUAUACACGGCUCCUCCCAAGGGCAGCUGGUGGUGGAGACCUACAUUGUUAUGUUCUUGAAUGCUAUGAUAGUGCUGGGCAUGAUACUGCUGAUAGAGUCGGGCACACAGAAACCAAGCAAUCGUAAUCGCAUUAUGGCCAUGGCCGGUUUGGUAUUGUUAACGGUAUUCUUCUCAUUUUUGCUGUCUGUAUUCCGUUCCAAGGCGCAGGGUUAUCCUUAUAGUUUCUUGUUCAAGUAAGUAGAUCGAACGCCUGGCACGUUAUUAACGUUUUAUAGUUCAAAUUCAAAUUCUGCGCGCCGUGUGUGUAGUUGUAAAACGAUCUUAAAUAAUAAAUGCCACUACUAAAUUA